AUUGGUUGUUGGAUAUAUAAGAUUUGAAUGGGCAGCUAAAAGAAUCCAUUGGCGUUGCUAUGGAGCAAACAUUAGCCAGUGCCCAAUAUUUUCUCUUCUUGACCUUUACCAUUAUAAGCUUAACCAGACCAAGUCCGACCUUCGAAGCAAUGGCUUUGACAUCUACAAGGCUGGUCAUUAAGGUUGUGCACCGUGAUUCCAUUCACUCUCCGUAUUACAGUAAGAAUGACAAUGUCACAAACCGCGUAGAACGUGCUAUGAAAAGUUCAAUCCUGCGAUUUACUUACUUUCAGAGAAAGGUUAGAAGAAGUUUGCCAGACCCAGAUUUCCAAGCUGACAUUCUUCCUAGUGUAGAUGGUUCCAUGCUUUUUAUGAAUAUAUCUAUUGGCCAACCACCUGUUCCCCAAUUCACAGUGAUGGACACUGGAAGCAGCCUUCUGUGGAUUCAAUGCCUUCCUUGCAAACGAUGUUCUAAACAAUUUGGUCCAAUAUUUGAUCCUGAAAAAUCCUCCACAUAUGCUUACCUCUCAUGCAAUUCUCAGUUCUGUCACUAUGCUCCUCGCGGCAGGUGCAACUUGCUCAACCAGUGUGAAUACAACCAGAUAUAUGUUCACGGUGAUCCAUCAGUAGGAAUCCUUGCCAGAGAGCAACUCAUUUUUAAGACAUCGGAUGAGGGCUCAAUAGCCAUCCCUGACGUCAUAUUUGGGUGCAGUCAAGAGAAUGGAAACUUCAAAGAUCGCCAAAUAAGUGGAGUACUUGGACUUGGCUUCAAAAAGUUAUCCUUAGCAGCUCAAUUGGGUUCUAACUUCUCGUAUUGCAUUGGCAGUGUUUUUGAUCCUAACUAUAGUCAUAACAAAUUGAUUCUAGGCAAUGGCGCUGUGCUCCAAGGUGACUCAACACCUUUAGAAGUAAUCGAUGGCCAAUAUUAUGUAACUCUAGAAGGAAUAAGUGUGGGAGAGAAAAGGCUUACAAUAGAUUCAAGUAUAUUCAAAAGGAAAAUGUGGAAGAAAAGUGGAGUGAUCAUUGACUCUGGUUCAGCUACUACUUGGCUGGUGCAACAAGGGUUUGAAGCACUUCGCAAUGAAGUUCAAAGUCUACUAGACAUGUGGCUGACACGGUUUUGGUAUAAUGCAUGGGCGUUGUGCUACAUGGGAACAAUUAAUCAAGACCUGGUCGGAUUUCCAGCUGUAACGUUUCACUUUGCUAGAGGUGCUGAUUUAGUGCUAGAUACAGAAAGCUUGUUUGUUCAAAUACAGCCUUAUGCAUUUUGCAUGGCUGUGCUUCCAAGCUACGCUGGUGGUGACAAUAUAACAACUUUGUCCUUGAUUGGACUGUUGGCCCAACAAAACUACAACAUCGCCUAUGAUAUUUAUGGAAAGGCAUUGUCUUUCCAAAGGAUUGAUUGUGAGCUCCUCGAUGAUUAGUGGUUCCUAAUGGAGCCAG